CACUAAGCCCCGCCCCUUCUUGGAGUUCUCUGGAGCGCCAGGGGAAUUCCUCCAUCUGAACGCACCCUAGCUCUCAUCAUUUCCCUCAGUUGGCAGCGCUCAGCUUAGUCACUUUUUCUUAAGGCGGCUCCUCAAGGCCCGUAGCCCUUUCCUGAGGUCGUGUUAUCUUAACAACUUCGCUGCCGCAGUUGUCGAACGAUAGAAAGUGAAUGUCAAAAGCCACUGAGAACAAACAAACACCUCGUAAGAAAGAACGCAGUGGAUGCCCCGGAAGCGGAAGUGCAUCCUCUUCAAGAAAGGCAAAUCUACGCCGAGUGGUGACGUUUCCUCAUUGGGCGGAAGGUUCGGUGGCAGUCGUCGGUCUUCCAGCUGGUGGGAGUUGGCGUUGCUGUUGCUGGGCUCUGGGACCCUCGUUUAUAUAGUUUGGAAAGUCGGUCUGUGGCGUCGCACCCGUCUGUCUGAUCCCCGCCUUCCUCUGAUUCCUCCCACGGCGUGGGGCCUCGCAAAGAAAUCCCUGGCCCUUUGGGCCACGGCCGUAGCUGUGCCUUUUGCGAUUUCCUUGUAAUCACGUCUCAAAACCUUCAAGAUGGUACUAGCAGACCUUGGAAGAAAAAUAACAUCAGCAUUACGCUCUUUGAGCAAUGCCACCAUUAUCAAUGAAGAGGUAUUAAAUGCUAUGCUAAAAGAAGUAUGUACAGCAUUGUUGGAAGCAGAUGUUAAUAUUAAACUAGUGAAACAACUAAGAGAAAAUGUAAAGUCUGCUAUUGAUCUGGAGGAGAUGGCAUCUGGUCUUAACAAAAGAAAAAUGAUUCAGCAUGCUGUAUUUAAAGAACUUGUGAAGCUUGUAGACCCUGGAGUUAAAGCAUGGACACCCACUAAAGGAAAACAGAACGUGAUCAUGUUUGUCGGAUUGCAAGGGAGUGGUAAAACUACCACAUGUUCAAAGUUAGCUUAUUAUUACCAGAGGAAAGGUUGGAAGACCUGUUUGAUAUGUGCAGACACAUUCAGAGCAGGGGCUUUUGAUCAACUAAAACAGAAUGCUACUAAAGCAAGAAUUCCAUUCUAUGGAAGCUACACAGAAAUGGAUCCUGUUAUCAUUGCCUCUGAAGGAGUGGAGAAAUUCAAAAAUGAAAAUUUUGAAAUUAUUAUUGUUGAUACAAGUGGACGUCAUAAACAAGAAGACUCUUUGUUUGAAGAAAUGCUUCAAGUUGCUAAUGCUAUACAACCUGAUAACAUUGUUUAUGUGAUGGAUGCCUCCAUUGGGCAGGCUUGUGAAGCCCAGGCUAAGGCUUUUAAAGAUAAAGUAGAUGUAGCCUCAGUAAUAGUGACAAAACUUGAUGGCCAUGCAAAAGGAGGUGGUGCACUCAGUGCAGUUGCUGCCACAAAAAGUCCAAUUAUUUUCAUUGGUACAGGGGAACAUAUAGAUGAUUUUGAACCUUUCAAAACACAGCCUUUCAUUAGCAAACUUCUUGGUAUGGGUGACAUUGAAGGACUGAUAGAUAAAGUCAACGAGUUGAAGUUGGAUGACAAUGAAGCACUUAUAGAGAAGUUGAAACAUGGUCAGUUUACGUUGCGAGACAUGUAUGAACAAUUUCAGAAUAUCAUGAAAAUGGGCCCCUUCAGUCAAAUCUUGGGUAUGAUUCCUGGUUUUGGAACAGAUUUUAUGAGCAAAGGAAAUGAACAGGAGUCAAUGGCAAGGCUAAAGAAAUUAAUGACAAUAAUGGAUAGUAUGAACGAUCAAGAACUUGACAGUACGGAUGGUGCCAAGGUUUUUAGUAAGCAACCAGGAAGAAUCCAAAGAGUAGCCAGAGGAUCAGGUGUAUCAACAAGAGAUGUUCAGGAACUUUUGACACAAUAUACCAAGUUUGCACAGAUGGUAAAAAAGAUGGGAGGUAUCAAAGGACUUUUCAAAGGUGGUGACAUGUCUAAGAAUGUGAGCCAGUCACAGAUGGCAAAAUUGAAUCAACAAAUGGCCAAAAUGAUGGAUCCACGAGUUCUUCAUCACAUGGGUGGUAUGGCCGGACUUCAGUCAAUGAUGAGGCAGUUUCAACAGGGUGCUGCUGGGAAUAUGAAAGGCAUGAUGGGAUUCAAUAAUAUGUAAAGAAGUUGCCUUAAUAUAAACUGACUCAGUUGAUUACAUUAAUUACUGAGACCUCAGAGUUUCCUCUUUUUGCAAAUGGGGAAUAAAAGUAUUUUUCUUGCCUGUCUUGCCCUUUUUCUCUUCUCAUCAUUUUUCCUUUUCCUUUUCUUCCUUCCUUCCUUCUUGUCUCCUUCCCUUUGAUAAAAGGGAGGAAUAUAUGGUUUUUGUGGAAAUCAUUUUUGCUUUAGAUUUUCUUCUGUCAGUUUUUACCAUCAUAACAUUCUUAAGUUAAACAAAUCAUGAUGUAAAAUUUUAGUACUUAAGUUUUUAAUUGUUGCAAAGGCCAAGCAUUACAUUUGUAAACAGUCCUGGUCAGUAGUUACAUGAUUUCUUAAUAAAAGUGCUGUAAAAUAAACUUCAAAGUCGUUAUAAGUUAA